CUGCCAUCUUAUAUUUACUUGGAAAACAAAAAGUGGUCUAAGAGAGUAAAGACAAAUAAUGACACCAGCUUAAUGGAUUAUGCUGAAUAAGGAAAUUCUCUGCAACCAUGCCAAACAUCCAGGAAUGUGAGCGAAUGUGUCAUGCGGGGCCUUUGUCAGCAUGUACAGACACCUUGAUUGCAAAAAGGUACUUGCUACAGCAGAGGCUUGGCAAGGGGAGCUUUGGCACUGUCUACCUGGUGAUUGACAAAAAGGCAAAAGAUGAACAGGAGAGCCUAAAAGUUCUAAAAGAGAUACCUGUUGGGGAACUGAAUCCCAAUGAAACAGUUCAAGCAAAUGUGGAAGCCCAGCUGCUGUCAAAGUUGGAUCACCCUGCCAUUGUCAAAUUUCAUGCCAGCUUCCUGGAGAAUGAAAGUUUCUGUAUCAUCACAGAAUAUUGUGAGGGCAGAGAUCUGGAUUUUAAAGUUCGUGAAUGCAAGAAGAAUGAGGAAAAAAUUGCUGAAAAUCAGGUUGUGGAAUGGUUUAUCCAGUUAUUACUUGGUGUUAACUACAUGCACGUAAGGAGAAUUCUUCACAGAGAUUUAAAGGCAAAGAAUAUAUUUUUGAAAAAUAAUUUACUAAAAAUUGGGGAUUUUGGGGUUUCUCGUCUUUUGAUGGGCUCGUGUGAUCUAGCAACAACAUUCACUGGGACCCCUUAUUAUAUGAGCCCCGAGGCCUUGAAACAUCAGGGCUAUGAUUCUAAGUCAGACAUUUGGUCCCUAGGUUGCAUCCUCCACGAGAUGUGCUGUCUGGAACAUGCAUUUAUUGGCUACAAUUUCUUGUCUGUUGUUAUUAGUAUUGUAGAAGGGGAAACACCAUCUCUCCCAGACUGUUAUUCAAGCAGCCUUAAUUUGAUAAUGAACAGAAUGCUAAACAAAGAUCCUGCCCUGCGUCCUAGCGCUGGAGAAAUAUUACAAGAUCCAUUUAUUAAUGAGCAACUAAAGCAAGUAAAAUGGGAAGUGUAUGGAGCAGAGGUAAAAGACAAAACGACCAUCUGCAAGAAAGAAGCUGAUCAAAUAAGAAAUGUUGUUCAGAGGAAGUUUCAUCUCCAAACUCUACGGGAGCUCUCUGAGGUCCAGAAAAUGACCCCAAGAGAACGAAUGAGGUUACGAAAGCUGAAUGCUGCUGAUGAGAAGGCAAGAAGGCUAAAACAACUUGCAGAGGAAAAAUAUCAAGAAAAUCAUAAGCGAAUGCAGGAACUGAGGUCUCGCAAUUUUCAGCUCCAUAGCAUUGAUGUUCUUCAUGUGCAGCAAGAUGAUACAUCAAACCACCUGAUACAGUCAGAGCCAAUGAGCGCAAGACAUUACACACCUCAGAGCUAUGAAGAUGAAAGUGAAGAUAUACAAGACAGACUUUGCGCUUCAGAACCUAGUCGAGAAAUUCCAGAAGAUCCGUGUGUAGCAGAUGCAUAUUAUGAAGAUGGUUUCGACUCUUGUUCUGAAGAAAGUGAUGAAUGUGUUGAGGAGGAAGAUGAAUAUGAUAGUGGGUCCCAAAUUACAUACCAACAGGACAGUGAUGUGAAGGCAAUGGUGCUGCAUUUGGAAGAUGUACUGGCUUCCAGCUGUUUUGAUACAGAUGCUGCCACCAACAUGUCUCCACCCGUUCCCUUGAGAUCAAGAGCUAUAAAUGAUACCAUGGCACAAACCAAGCUGAAGCGCAUGAGAGAGUCAGCUGUGCAAAGUAUGGGCAAGAAAUCCUUUGAUAAGGUCUAUAGCUACCUGAAAAGCGCAAGGCAAAAUAAGACCAGUGAAAAGGAAGUAAAGAAGCAACUAGAGAGUAUGGUCUCUAAGCCAAGUGAGUGCUUUAUAGUAGACCAACUUCUCUACUUUGAGGAAGAACUGGCAGUCAUAUCUUCAAGAACAGGCAAAGCUUGAUAACAUUCAUCAAUGGAAAAAAACAAUCAUACAAUCAUUAACAAGGGUUAAUAAUGCAGGUUCCUUGGCACAUUGUAACUGCACAGAGAAUUCAUUGGAGGUGACACUUGACUUCUUGAGGCUCAUUUAUCAACACCGUUACUGGCUUUUUUAGCCAGCUGCAGGUACAUUGAAAGAAACAAUUUGAUUUGUUGCCAUGGGUUACUGCUUAUGGGUAAAUUUGCCCAGUGUUGAUAAAUGACCCCCCCUUGUAUCUAAAACCCCUUUGUCCAACAUUUAAUCUGCCAUAGUACCACUUGUUCAUAACUAGGUGAUAAUAUAUUAAAUAUAUAAUAUUGUCGCUCUCCUGUUAUUAAAGUUAUAUCCAGAAGAACAAACUAGUAUUUACCCAGAUUUCACCCCAUCUGGUCCUUUGAUUGUCCUUCCACUGCUCUUCUCUCCCCUAAAACUGUUGGGUCCACGUUUGGUGUAAAAGAACAAUGUGGUAUCUGCUGGAAGCUGUAAUACACUGGAAAAUAUAGUCUUUAGUCCAACAAUGUAUGAAAAGAACAUAUAUUUCCUGUGCACUAAAAACCUAAAAAUUGUAAACAUGUCUAUUAAAUGUAAAAAAACAAUAUGAAAUGUAAAUUCUUCUUUGUUGUAUUACUAAGUUGAUCGUUAAAUAAAAUGACUGUUAAAUAAAA